GAACGUCUAAAAUCACGCUUCUAAUGUUCUUUGUGUUUUUAACAGCUGAUUCCUGUCAGUCUUACAUACAAAUUUAGUGAUUGAUGUAAUUUUAAUUCAUCUAUAUACAUAUACAAUUUAUUUCCAAACAUAUCUUUUAUCUGUUGAUAUAACAAAAUCAAAUUUUUACCUAUUUUCUUUUAUUUAUUUACACUAAAAAAUAUACUUUUAUCAUCAUAUCGCGUAAGCAUCAUCCCUUGAUAAUUUUUUUAUUAAUUUAACAAAAUUUCUGUGUGAUUUUAAUCAUUGAUAGUCAAUAUGUAAAUGAUUUAUUUUAUUGACAUAAAAAUCUCACUGUUAUUUAUCAUAAAAACAACUUAGUUUUUUUAAAAUAUUAUUUGAGAACUACUGGCUGUAUUGUUAACAGUAUACAAUAAAAUAUUCAAUUGAAUUUAUAAAGAAAAAUAACAAUGGAUUCUGAAGACGAAAUUUCAUAUGAUGAGGUUGAUUCUGGUAAUGAGUCAAGUGGUGAUGAUGUUGAUUUUGCAAUGGAAACAGAAGCUGGUAAUCCACGUGAACGCACAAAUGAUACUGAUGAUUAUCCAUUUGAAGUUUUAACAACUGAAGAAAUUGUUCAACACAUGGUUGAUUGUAUCAAAGAAGUCAAUACAGUUGUUGAGAUACCAGCAACGACAACAAGAAUUUUGUUAAAUCAUUUUAAAUGGGAUAAAGAAAAAUUAAUGGAACGUUAUUAUGAUGGUGAUCAAGAUAAAUUAUUCGCUGAAGCAAGAGUAAUUAAUCCAUUUAGAAAAACUCCAGUAAUUUCAUGGAGUAGAUCAUCAGUUCAUGCAAUGACAAGAAGAACAUCAUCAACAAAUGGUACAGAAGAAUGUGGUAUUUGUUUAAUGCUACUGCCAAUUCACACAUUAACAGGACUUGAAUGUGGUCAUCGUUUUUGUUCUGGUUGUUGGGGUGAAUAUUUAACAACAAAAAUAAUGGAAGAAGGUGUUGGACAAACAAUAGCAUGUGCAGCACAUUCAUGUGAUAUUCUUGUUGAUGAUGCAAAUGUCAUGCGUUUAGUAAAAGAGCCAAAAGUUAAACUUAAAUAUCAACAUCUUAUUACAAAUAGUUUUGUUCAGUGUAAUAGAUUAUUAAGAUGGUGUUCAUCACCAGAUUGUAAUAAUGCAAUUAAAGUACAAUAUGUUGAAUCAAGACCAGUAACAUGUAAAUGUAAUCAUACAUUUUGUUUUAAUUGUGGUGAAAAUUGGCAUGAUCCAGCAAAAUGUAGUUAUUUACGUAAAUGGAUUAAAAAAUGUGAUGAUGAUUCUGAAACAUCAAAUUGGAUAUCAGCAAAUACAAAAGAAUGUCCAAAAUGUAGUUGUACUAUUGAAAAAGAUGGUGGUUGUAAUCAUAUGGUUUGUAAAAAUCAAAAUUGUAAAAAUGAAUUUUGUUGGGUUUGUUUGGGUGCUUGGGAACCACAUGGUUCAAGUUGGUAUAAUUGUAAUCGUUAUGAUGAAGAUGAAGCUAAAGUUGCUAGAGAUACACAAGAAAAAUCACGUGCAGCAUUACAAAGAUAUUUAUUUUAUUGUAAUCGUUAUAUGAAUCAUUUACAAUCACUUAAAUUUGAAAGUAAAUUAUAUGCAAGUAUUAAAGAAAAAAUGGAAGAAAUGCAACAACAAAAUAUGUCAUGGAUUGAGGUACAAUUUUUAAAAAAAGCUGUUGACAUACUUUGUCAAUGUCGUCAAACUUUAACAUACACAUAUGUAUUUGCAUUUUAUGUGUUGAAAAAUAAUCAGACAGUUAUUUUUGAAGAAAAUCAAAAAGAUCUUGAAAGUGCAACUGAAUGUCUUUCGGAAUAUCUUGAAAGAGAUAUUACAAGUGAAAAUCUCACUGAUAUUAAACAAAAAGUUCAAGAUAAAUACAGAUACUGUGAAAGCCGUAGACAAGUUAUGCUUGAACAUGUUUACGAAGGUUAUGAAAAAGAAUGGUGGGUCUAUAUGGAAUAAUUUUUAAUUAAAUUACUAGCUCCUUUUAUUUCCUCCCAUAGCCGCCUCAUCUGUGAUAACUGAAAAAUUUAAAUUAAAAAAAAAAGAAGGAAUUAGAGAAGAUGAUAAUAAAAAAAAAAAAAUAUCGUACAAGAACGUUGGCAAGAAAACACAAAUUCGAUUGAUAAAAUCAUUAUUCAAUCUUGUAAUAUUUAAAUUUUAAAAAACAAAUACAAAAAAACAUUCAUAAUUUUUUUGUGGUAAAUUAAUGUGUAAAAAAAAUUUUGACCAACUUAAAUUACAAAAAUCUAUCUUUUUGCCUUUUUUUUUUUUUCUUGUUCUUUUUUUUAUCAUCGUGUUUGUGUAUCAUACGUUUAUUUUGAUGCAAUUUUAAAUAUAUAAUAUCUCGAUAAUAUGGCGGCUGUUAAUGAUGAUUAAAAUUGAUUUUUAAAAUAAUACGUUAUAUCACAAAAUAGUUGAGUGUUUCAUAAUGGAAAAAAUUAAAAAUUAAAAUGUCUAUAUAAUAUAUAUAUAUAUAUUUAUAAAUAUAUAUACAUAAAUAAUUGAUUAUUUAGGCUGUCGAAAACCGUUAUUGUUAUAAAACAAAAAAAAAUGAGCGUCUUUAUGUACAUGUAUAAAAUAUGUAUGUUGUAUUCGCCGAGAAACGAUAUUAUAAUGUUUUCAUUUUUUUUUUUUUGUAAUGUUAUAUGGAUCCCAUAUUUAUUUGAUUUUUUUUUUUUUUUUAUAUUUUAGCUGUAAAUUAAUGUAAUUUUUUUUUUUAAGCUGUUUUAUCAGUUGAUUUGAAGUUUUAGAAAAAUAUUAAAAUAGUUUUUUUUUUUUUGUGGAAAAAGUAAUGAUUAUUUAUCGAGCCAAUAAAAAAAGGAAAAAAAUAUGAAGAAUAUUUGAUAGUAAAACAAAAUUCAUUCUAGUUUUAUUCACUUAGAAAUUAUAAUAUGUUUCUUUGUUUUGUUAUAAAAGAAAAAUAAAAAAAAUUUUAAUUGAUUAAUUAAAGUAAAAUGAUCUCGUAUCACGGAUCUAGGCCAAAAUUAUUUUACUUCAUCUUUUUCAUAUUGAAAAAGUAAAAUUGUAAUUACGGUUAUCCUGUGAUGAUUCGUGCUCGAUGAUUUCAAUCAAUAACGUCCAGGAUACAACUGCC